GAGACUCCAAGCCCUUUUUCCACACACACACAUUCCGAGGCAAGAGAGAGAGAGAAAGUGGGUGUGUGUGCGCGCAGUAGUGCGUUUUUGGAGAGCUCGUCGCACAGCGCUUUGACAGUUCACACGCCGUUAGUGUACACGAGUCUCCUGCAUUGUACAAACACACACACACACUCACACACUCGCUGAAGGCGCAGGCGGCGAGUGGACCUGCGGGUUCAUGUCACUCUGAUUUACUCCGAGGAAGAGGAAUUUACCGAGGAAGAGAUCGGCAAAACGCGGAGGGAAUACGCUGCAGCGACGAUGGCUUUCUCAAACGUGUGGAACUACCUUGUCCCGUUGACCAUCUUGACCGUUGCCUGUCUGAUGCGCACCGCCCAUUGUCAGACUGUGCAGACGGAGAAUGUGACAGUUUUGGAAGGAGCGACCGCCCAGAUCUCCUGUCGGCUUCACAACUACGAUGGGUCAAUAGUGGUCAUCCAGAAUCCACGCCGACAAACACUCUUCUUCAAUGGCUCAAGAGCUCUGAGGGACGAGCGGUACCAGUUGGUUACAUUCACGUCACGGCUACUGCGUAUUAGCGUGGCCAACGUUAGCGUGUCGGACGAAGGCGGGUUUUACUGCCAGCUCUACACGGACUCCACGCAUCACCAAGCCGCCACGCUGACGGUGCUGGUGCCUCCGGACACGCCCACGGUGGAUGUGAAGCAGGACGCCGUGGAGGGAGGAGAGUCCGAGCUCACCUGUGUUUCGCCCAGAAGCAAACCCGCCGCUACACUCAAAUGGAUGCGCAACGGUCGAGAGAUACCAGGCGUAGUGCUGCAACAAGACCAUGGGAAGGUCUUCAGUGUGUCCAGCACCAUCAGGAUCCCCGUGGAGAGGAAAGACAACGGAGCGGCCCUGAGCUGUGAGGCCUUCCACCCGGCUCUGGAUGGUCCCAAGAGGAUCCGCCACUACCGCCUGGACGUCUACUUUGCACCUACAGUCCGAAUCAUCCCUCCCACUGGAAUCCUGAGAGAGGGAGACUCGCUCAGCCUGACCUGCUCGGUGACUGGGAACCCGCUGCCGUUGAACAUCCAGUGGUCCAAGAUCAACGACACUUUACCAGAGCGAGCAGAGAUUUCAGGGCCCACGUUCCAGAUCUCUCGUCUCAGCCAAUCACACAACGGCACGUACCUCUGCCAGGCCCAGAAUGAUUACGGACGGGCUGCUGACCACUACACCCUGCUGGUCUACGAGAAUGUGUCUGUCACUUCGGCGGCCCCUCCCACUCCUAGUACCACACCAAUCACCUCCUUACCUGCCAUCCCAACCUCCACCACUACCUCCUCCACCACCCUCCUCCACCUCCUCCCAUCACCCAGCCUGUCCCCGGACGUAAGAGAUCCCGGUGCAGUGGUGGAGACCCACAGUGCAGUACCAUAUGCAGUGAUAGGGGGCGUCCUUGCGCUGCUGGUGUUCACCGUCAUCUGCGUUCUCAUCGUAACCAUAUGGUGUACAGUGCGACAGAAAGGCUCCUAUCUCACCCACGAGGCCAGCGGAUUGGACGAACACGGCGAGGUGCAGGAGGCCUUUCUUAACGGGAACGACGCCAGCCAGGGCAAGAAGGAGUACCUGCUGUAGCCCCGCCCCUUUCCCCCCCUGCACCCGGGCUCCCCCAGAUACCCCUCUCUUCUCUCGUGACCUCCUCCCACUCCCCUACCCUUCCCCGACGUCCCUCUUAUACAGUAUAAACAAGAACACCACACACACUUGUACCAACACAAGAGGAAGCCUUUUGAAAAAGACUGUACGCCGAUAUCGCACACAGCCGAUCGACCGCUCCAUUCCACUUCAUGCCUCCUGACUUUAUCCAUGCGAGCCACCAACCUACCGACAGACAGAGAAAACAAGAGCCCAUAGACCAACCAGGCAUUAACAACUGUGCCACACACUGUAAGAACUGAAAUUGAAAAGAGAGUGGGAGAGAAUGGGGUGAAAACUCAAACCGCAGUGGCGUAAUUAUUUUGAUGGAGAGAGGCGUGCACAAAGAAGCGACAUUCUGCUACAAAAGUGCAAAAGGGAAUUAGAGGCAGAUCGCGGUUGAAAUUCUCCGCCUAGAGAAAGCCAUGUAUUGCAGAAAACUUGAAUGGCAGAUACAAAGCAGAAUACAGGAGGGAGCAAGACCAAGGGCUUGCCCAGCAGCUAUGAGCACUCAGCACAAGAAAAUAGAAAUUUUUUUGAAAAUUGCCAAAGCAUCUCGACUUUGCAGUGUAAUUUUCCAACAAGAGUCCCGGAACGGAUCCACACUCAAUGAACAAGCUAACCGCACCGUUUUGCCGUCUCCUCUGGGCACCAUAGCAGUAAUUUGAGAAAAACGUCAGCUUUUAGCAAGUUUUCUGUUCAGGGUAGACCCCCGAUUCAUUUGUUACCAUCCUCUCCCCUCACUUUUUAACUCUCUGCCUGUCCUCGCAUCACUCCUCCUUUGUUGGCUCCUAAUAACAAACGGAUUAGCGACGCGGCUACGUUCCUGACAAAGAAGAAAAUAACACGACUGCAGAGGCAUUAAAGACGGGGGUAAUUAUUUCUGAAUGUCAUUAAGAGGAUCAAAAGGGUUCAAAGUCUUAUAAGAAGGGCAAAGGCUGCGCUAGCUAAGGCAACGGAUGACACAGUGAUGGCUGUUUUACCUGAAUGCGACCAUACACACAUACAUAUACAUAGACAGUAUACAUAUCUCUGAAUUAUUUGUAUAAAAAUGAACAACGUUAAAUUAAAACUUUUAAGAACACCGUUUACUAUUGAAGCAUUAUGAAGCAACUAUACUAACAGAAUAUUAGCCGAUAGUGGCACGAUGCCGAACAAACUACUGUCCAGUGAUCUUUAAAGAAAAACGAGAAAAGUAUAAAAAAAAUAUAUCUUCAUUUGUCUUUGAGAAAGCAGAGGUCUUAUUGAUUUUUUAAUUAUUUUAUUUGAGCAAUUCUGAUUGUUGUUAUUACUGUUAUUAUUAUUGACGUUGUUCUUAUUACAUUAUUGUAAAUGUUAAUGAAAUGUACACUUCCCAUGGUUUGUUUUUGGUUGAACUGUAGAGAAAUACUAGCUGUCUUUUACCACUCUUUUUCCUAUUCCUUCACUCUAUCUAUCUUUCUCUCUCUCUCUCUAUUGGUCUCCUGUGCCUAGUCGUCUCUUCUCCUGUCUGUCACUUAAUUCUUUCGUUUUUCCAAGUCCAUGUGUCAUUGUUGAUAUAUAGCUAACUAUUUCUUUAUAGGGGAAAGAUACAAAGCACGACAAAAUAAAAAAGAUUUGAAAAAUAACCCCGGGG